CAAAGAUGGCGGCCUUGUCGCAGUUGCUUUUCCCUGCCAAACAAUACUAAGAAAAUUGAUUUAACCAACUAUUUUUACACAUUUUACAAAGAAAUUUAGAUAGAUAUUUCAAUUUUUUAUUUUGCCUGUACUAGUCAUUUUGAUAAUGUGAUAAUAAGUGUACCCAUGGCUUCCAAUUCGCAAGACUCGCCUGUUCAACAGAGAUUUGUAGAGGAGAUUGAUUACAGUGAAAUACGCGAAAUAUCGAUUGUCGGUAAAGGCGCAUUCGGUGUAGUUUGGAAGGGUCUGUGGCGAAACACAUUUGUAGCUGUAAAGCAUAUAAAUUCGGAAGCUGAAAGGCGUGAAUUUGCCAUAGAAGUUAGGCAACUCUCCCGUGUUUCACAUCCCAACAUUGUACGGCUUUAUGGCGCUUGUACACAGAGGGACCACGUUUGUCUUGUAAUGGAAUACGCCGAAGGUGGCUCACUUUACAAUGUACUACACAAUCGCCCCAAACCCAAAUACACAGCGGCACAUGCUAUGAGCUGGGCACGACAGUGUGCUGAGGGUGUAGCAUAUCUUCAUGCUAUGAAACCAAAACCGCUCAUACACAGGGACUUAAAACCACCAAACCUACUUCUAGUGGGUGGUGGUCAGAGGCUGAAAAUUUGUGACUUUGGCACAGCAGUUGACAAAGCCACAUAUAUGUCUAAUAAUAAGGGUAGUGCUGCUUGGAUGGCUCCAGAGGUAUUUGAAGGGUCAUCUUAUACAGAAAAAUGUGAUGUAUUUUCAUGGGGUAUUAUUCUGUGGGAAGUACUCUCCCGAAGGAAACCUUUCGAAGAAGGAGGCUCAGCUUAUAGGAUAAUGUGGGCUGUACAUACAGGUCAAAGACCAAAUUUAAUAGAAGGCUGCCCAAGACCAAUAGAACAAUUAAUGACACAAUGUUGGCACAAAGUACCAGCAGAAAGACCGAGUAUGGCCCAGGUUGUAGAACUAAUGACGGCGCUUUGUGAGUUCUUCCCAGGCGCCGACAAGCCAAUAGACUACAAUGACUGUGAAGAGGAAGAUAUAGAUGACCACUACAUGAUGCACACAGAGGACGAGCUUGGCACCGAGACAGAUGACAUUUUAUUAUCCCAGGUACUUCUCCCAACAGACGUAGAAUACGAGAGCAUCCCCAAUCAAGCUGUGCUCAGAAAUACAAACAACUCUGUAAAGGCACCCAGGCCGCGAAGUUUCGUCGAAACGCAAGUGACAAAAAUACAAAAUCUUAUGGCGGCCGAGACGCAGCCCAAAACAUCAGCGUUGCCCCGCGAAGAGCCAGAUGCGUUAAACAGAAUAGGACCAGUAAGAAUCCCGCAACAAUUCAAACCACCCGAUGAAGCUGGCAGGUCGCCGGUAUCUAUAAAUCGAAUUUCCAGCUCUCCCGUACCUCCAGAUGGCAGGCAAUAUUUACCUAGUGAAGGCAGCACACCGCAGGACAGCUUGCUCGCUGUUAGAAGCCCAAUUAAUAUAUUUAGUGAGAGUUCCUCCCCAAAAAGAUUAUCUCCUAUAGUUUAUUAUAAUGUUGGUAACAUGAAUCCCAGGCAUAUGGAUAUAGAACAGUACUGGAAUGACAAACUAUCACCUAGAUGUUCAUCAGUGGCGACAAGUAAUUCUAAUUCACUAAGAAAAGAGGACUAUAAUCAGAACUAUUGUGAUAGAGUGAGUGCAGGAAAUAGUCCGUUGAUGCCAAUGAAAGAAUACAAUGGAAAUAUCCCACAAAGGCAGCCAAUUCAAAUGCCUUUACAAAUAGAUGUUGAUCCUAAUGCUUGGGAGUUACAAGAUCCUUCUGUUUAUGAUGAGUACCUAGGUGUCAGAAAUAGUGCUGGUUUUGACAAAUUUUACACCUUGGAUAGCAGUGGGUCGACCCAAGGCGAGGGGGCUGCCCCCCCACCAGAGCCUGAUCCAGCGCUUGACUCCAUGCACACCAUGCUCGAGCCGCAUCUAAGGCCUAUUUCCCCUGACCUCAAUAAUGAGGAGUCCAAGCGGAUAUAUGAAGAACAUAAACAAUUAGCACCAGAAUAUCUUAAGGUCCAAACCGAAUUAGCGUAUUUAAGUAACCAAAAAUCAGAAUUAGAAGCACAGAUGGACGAAGAGGAAUUACGACAAAAAAGAGAAAUUAUACAGUUAGAAAAUGAAAAGGAAUCCCUAAUCAAGUUGUACCAGAGUUUAAGAAAGCAACUGGCGCGAGUGGAGAGCAAUAGUUGGCUACCAGAGGACAUGCCGCUCGAGUGACGGCGCGGGCCCACCGCCCGCACCCCAGGGACCACAGCGUGACCACAUCGUGACCACGGCGAAACCACCGCGUGACCAUGUGACCACGGACCCAACCCGUACGCGUCGGAUUCUGUGUACUAAACUACCAGAAACUGGAGGCUGGUGUUGCACUAUUAAUAGUAGAUAUAUCGGGGCCCCAAACAAAGAAGCUUUGACAUGCCGAUAUGUAGGUAACCGUCUUGAGUAAUAAUAUCUCCCUUACACAAGUGGCAAAAGUAUCUGUCAAUAGAUUUGUUUUAUUAUUGUGUGCAAGAACAAGACAGCGGAUAUUACCUAUUCCAUCUCAUGCUUACGAUAUUGACAAGAUACUUUCCAUUUGUCUAGAGGUGUCCGUAUGACCGAUGACGAGAGUAUGACCGUUAUGGGGUUGAUAAACCAAUAAUCAAAAUUUAUGCAACACUACUGGAGGCUACCUUAGACAGCUACCUGUACUGAUCUCAAUUUUACACCAAUGAGCCUUCACGAGUAUAUUAUGCCUGUUUACAGGAUCGCAUUAUAUAUAUAAUUGCAUGUUGUGUAUGAAUUUAUAACGGUAUAGUCAUUUGCAGUGCUUUAACUUUAACUGUAGUUGAAAACUUCCUCUAACCCGUUUCGUUAGUUUUGUUAUUGUCACGCAAAUAUAUUGCAAUAGUUUUAAAACUCGUCUGGGUCGUUGCAAUAAAUAUGCGGUAGUGUGUAAGCAUUUCACUAUAACAAACUUAUGUAAACAAUGUAAUCGGAAAACAAGGUAAUAUUUUUGUUACACAGUUGACCGUAAACGUUAUACCGCGUUUUAAAGCAGUGAAGUGGCGAGACGCGGAAUGUGAUUAAUCGGGCGCACUUGAGAUGAUAAUAAUAUAUCAAAAAUGGGUCAUGCAUCCUUCAUUUCUCAAUGUCAAAAGCCUUGAUCGUUUUUAUAAGACACAUUUUUAGUUUAGUCGUUUUAAGUCACUUCAAUAUGUAACCAAAGAAUAUUAAUUUAAUUAUUAGUUUAAUAAUCUAAAGUUCCCGAAUUUAUCGUCUUACUUAAUAUAGAAAUAUUUUCAUUCUAAGAUAUAAUAUUAAUAUAGCUUAUUGAAUUAGUAUUAAAUUAGUAAAAAUCAAAGAUUUCUCCAUACAUAAUAAAAUGACAAAAUAUUUUAAGUUUAUAAUAUCGAUCUCGUGUCCUGCACCUUUUUUCUCGCACACGCCUCUCGCCGUUCAACUCUGUAUAGCGCUUACGGUCAAACUAUACAGCAAUAUUUCUUAAUAUUUUUAUAAUCCCACCACAAUGAUUUAUGUAUUUGGUUUUUUCAUUGUAGUGAAUUUGUAGUAUUUGUUAUAAGAGCACGUUUUAGUGCUUAUUAAUGUGCGCGCAAAAUAUGAAUUUGAAGCAAGAUAUCUAUUAAUAUACCAAGGUAUUAUUAUAAAUAAUAUAAUAAUAUCAAUUGGCGUAAAUAGUUUUGCGCAUAUGCAUUUGUUUCAUAAUGUAUAAAUGUAAGAUAGUUAAGUAUAAAAUGUUAAGUUUAAUAAAUAAAAUGAUGAUUCAUA